CCUGCCCGCCCCAAAGGGCACCUCCAUACUUUCUCCUGCGCGCUCCCCUAGGUCAGAUUGAACUGGAUCGGCCUGGAAACCCGCGGCGCUGCGCCCCCGGGGACGGGGACGAAGACGGCCUUGGCACUUCUGCUGCCCACUGCUCACCUGCCCUUUCUUUGAACACCACCUGGAAAGUGCCCGGGGCACUCUGGUAGACGGACUGGACCUCGCACUCCCCGCCGUCCGAGAGCCGGCUCUGGAAGUAGCCUUCCAGUUUCAAGCGCGGCAUGGGGAUGGACUCGGACACCCGCACGAACAGCGGGGACGGCGGGCAGGGGUUGGAGGCCAUGGCGCCUUGCGUGCAGCUCGCGCGGGGCUCCGGGACGCUUCUGCGCCGGACGGGGCAAAGGCGCCUCCCGCCCCUCCGACUGGGGCCGCAAAGUUUCAGUUUCACUUCCUUGGAGGUCCCUCCCUGUUCCCGGCAGAGCCGCCUCCCCUCCUCUCCGCAGUCCGCCCCGCAGCCAGCGUCGGAAGUAGGCCGCCAUAUCUGGGAACUGCAGUCUAUGUUUUGAAACACAAGAGGGAUUAAAGACCCACCAGAGAUCUGGACAAUGGCCUUUUCCAUGGAUGUUGGAGCAGCAAUUUCCAAGGAAAAAUCAGGUAGGAUCACCUCACUCCUACUCUUAUUUCAGAAAGGCUUUGCUCAGCUCUUUCCUCAGUGGAGAAAAGGAAAUAUGGAAGGAGAUCUCCCCUACAAGUGCUCAGAGACUGACUCUCUUGGAAAAAACUAUAGUUGUCAAAUUCCUAUUAAUCUCAAUGACUUCAAAAUUUUAAAAAAUAAUGAGACUCGACUGUUUGAAGUCCUCCAGAAUAAGUUUGGCUGUAUCUCCACCCUGAUGUCUCCAGCUCCAAAAGAUAACAGCGAGCCUCUUGGCCAAAAAGUCUUCAGAAAGAGCCUGGCCCCAGGACUAGAGUUAUCUGUCUGGAAGGGUGACCUCAGCAGAUGUGCUGUUGAUGUUGUGGUGAAUGCAGCCAACGGAGACCUUAUACAUGGGGGAGGCCUGGCCUUUGCCCUGGUGAAAGCUGGUGGCCCUGAAAUCCAAGAGGAGAGCAAAAGAUUCAUUGCCAGUCACGGCACAAUACCAACUGGUGAGAUAGCUGUCACUGGAGCAGGAAAACUUCCCUGCAAAAUGAUUAUCCAUGCUGUUGGACCUCGGUGGGAAGAAAGGGAGAAAGAGAGAUGUAUCAGUGAACUGCACAGAGCUAUUACAAAUGUUCUGGAGUUUGUUUGUAAAGAUAAGUACAUUAAGACAGUAGCAAUUCCAGCCCUGAGCUCUGGAGUUUUCCAGUUUCCUCUGAAUUUGUGUACACAAACCAUUUUAAGAACUAUCAAGUUUUAUUUCCAAGGGAAGCAGGUGGUUGGUAAUUUGAAAGAAAUUUACCUGGUGAGCAAUGAGGACCCUACUGUUGCUUCCUUUAAAUCUGCUUCAGAAUCCAUCCUAGGAAGUAAUGAGCUGGGCUCUUGGAAGCGUCAAGAAACCACCCCACCUUUCAAUAUGACUCUUCAAAUUGCCCAGGGCCUGACUCUCCAGAUUGUCCUGGGCCACAUUGAACUACAGAUGACAAAUGUAAUUGUUAAUUCUGUAACCCCACCUCAUCUCAGAGGUGGACCCGUGUCAGCAUCAAUUCUACAACAAGCAGGAGAUGAAAUGGCAUGGAACCUCAGGACCCAAACGACUAAACCAUUGCCACAUCCCCAGUUGGUAUUGGUCACAGAGGAUUUAAAUUGCCCUGUCAAUAUGUAUUACCAUGUACUGUGGAAUUCAAAGCUUCCUCAGCCUAUAUUGGAAAAUGCAAUGAAGCAAUGUUUGGAAAAAUGCCUCAAGCCAAAUAUAACUUCUAUUUCUUUUCCUGCCCUUGGGUCUGGAAACAUUGGUAUAGAGAAGGAUAUAGUAGCAAAACUUAUGUUUAAUGAAGUGCUAGCAUUUUCCAAAGACCAUUUGGAAAAACAACUAACUAUAAACUUUGUGAUAUUUCCAACAGAUCUGGAGACAUAUAAGUAUUCCAGAGUGCUGACUCUCAACAUUUACAGUGUUCCCCAGCGGACUAACGGGGAGCAAAGAGAAAAUGGGCUUGAAGCUGGGUCUCCUGCCAUUGAUCUGAUGGGAUGCAACAAGGAAGAGAUGUAUGAGGCCAAAGCAUGGAUCCAAAAGAUACUGACAUCCCAGAACAACCACAGCAUUGAGAAUAGUCAUAUUCUCCACCUUGGGAAAAAGGAACAUGACAUUUUAUCUCAACUUCAGAAAACCUCAAGUGUCUCCAUUUUAGAGCUCAUCAGUCCAGGAAGGGCAUUUUUAGAGAUCAGAGGACCCCAGGCUGACCUCAUUGAGGUGGUUAUGAACAUUGAACAUAUGCUGUGUGAAGUUCAGGAGAAAAUGACAAGGAAAAAGGAGCAAGACCUUUGGAUCUUGUCAGGACAAUGGACAGAUCAGCAAACACAAAAUCAGGAUGAAAUGAAAAAAAAAAUCACAUUUCUACGAUAUCCAGCACCUUUAACUCAAGAACUUAUGGAUCGAAAGAAUCAGUUUGAAAAUAUGGUUUGCAGGUUUAUAAAGGUGGAGACAAUAGACAAUGUGGUUCUUCAGGCUGCCUUCCAAAGAAAGAAGAAAAUGAUGGAACGGAGAACUUCUAAGGAGCCUGUGAGCCACAGGUUGUUUCAGCAGGUUCCACACCUCUGCAAUGUGGUAUGCAGAGUGGGCUUUCAGAGAUUGUACUCUUGUGGCUCAAAAUAUGGAGCUGGUAUAUACUUCAUCAAGAACCUUAAAAACCUAGCAGACCAAGUCAAGAAAACCACUGAUAUAAAUGAGCUGAUCUAUGUAUUUGAAGCUGAAGUACUCACAGGCACCUUCUGCCAAGGUCACCAGUUAAAUAUUGUCCCACCUCCAUUGAGUCCUGGAGCUAUAGAUGUUCAUGACAGUGUGGUUGACAAUGUCCUCAGUCCUGAAACCUUUGUUAUAUUUAGUAGCAUACAGGCUAUGCCCCGAUAUUUAUGGACUUGUAUUUGGGGUCAUGUAUGGUCACAGAAUUAUUCAAGACCAAUGUCACAGCAGCCUAGGAGGAAAUUCUCAAGUGGCAGUUCUGUUGAUUAAUCUUCAAUUCAUUAUAACAAUAGGAAUGACCUUACAUCGGGGGAUCUAACCAAAUUGUGGCCAUCAAUGACUCAAAGAGUAAUUUGAAUAUGUCAAAUGGGUUAUCUGUUUGGACUGACGGGGCAUUGAAAGUACCAGUCACAUACUAGCAUCUUAGUGGCUUAAUCCUUGCCUUUUUCUCUUGGGGUUGGAGUGGAUAGACAACAAUGAAAAAACUCAUAGGACAGUUCCUCUUUGUUGCACUUGUUCUUUUUCCUCCUUUACUGUAGGUAACAGCAAAAAUGUUUUACAUGUAAUAAAGAGAUUUUUCCAGAAUGUAAUCCAAGCCUUUUAUUUUCUAAAAGAAUGACAGUAUAAA